GUGGCCCGUUCGGUUUUUUGCACUUUUUUAUGUCACUCAUGAACCGGAAAUGCCGUCAAGGUUUCAGUUGAAGCAAAAAUAAUUUGUUCUGCUCGCCGGGCGCAGUUGCAAUGGAUCAGUGGACGGGCGUGCAUCGCGCGUUUAUAAUACGCGCCUAUUAUAGAAACAAUGAUUCCAUAAGCACAGCGCAGCGCAUGUUUAAGAAACAGUUUAGCAUUUAUCAAAUACCGCCCACGAAUGUGAUCAAGAGUUGGCUGCGCCACUUCGAGUGCACGGGCUCCUCGCAAGCGGGCGGCUGCACAGCGCGUUCCUCCAUACCCCAAAUCUUUUGCACCAUUUGCAAUCAGUGCCUGAGCAAUGAGAAGAAUUUCAGCAGCUCCAUCAAAUAGACGAAC